CACCAGCGACCGGGCGCAGCGGAGCGGAGCUGUCCACACAUUCAGCACUUUGACCCACAGGAUAAAUCUUCCUCCCGGACAACCCGAGACAGCUUAUUUUAGGAUGGCGUCUAAAUACUUCGGCCUUUUUGUCCUUUUCCAGCUUCUAGCCCUGAAUGUAGUGAGCCAGAUAUCUGCCUUCCCCACACCUACAGCCUCAGCGGAUGAUAAAACGGUGUACAACAGACAGUUGACAGAAGAAAGACCACUACAAGAGCAGAUUGCUGAGGCGGACAGCGUGAAGGCUGCAGUACAGUCAGCGGAGAGCAAGCGCCCCGCGGCCUCCAAGGACGCAGAGUCAGAGAAGGACCUCGACGACUUCACUGUGUUGAAGUCGCUGGCGGAUGGCCGGAAAUCCAAGGAGACCACGGAGGUGCCACCAAAGAAGGAGGACCAGCACGUCCCAGAUGAAUCAGACUCGACCAAGAGCCGGCGUCUGGCUGAGGACUACGACUCCACUAAGACCGGGAUGGACUACGGCAAGUACCAGGAUGACCCAGAGAGUUUCCGCCAGGUCGACGGCACCCCGCUGACAGCAGAGGACAUCGUCCAGAAGAUCGCAAACAAGAUCUACGAGGAAGACGACAGAGGGGUGUUCGACAGGAUCGUAACGAAACUGCUCAAACUGGGGCUGAUCACGGACAGCCAGGCAGAUACUCUGGAAUACCAGGUGGCCGAGGCUCUCCAGGACCUCAUCACCAAAAACGCCAAGAACAACGAGAUUGAUGACGACAACAGCGACGACCAAGAAACCAAGGGGGAGCAGGACGCCCAGGGCUCAGACACUAACAAGGACACGUGGGAGACUCCCAGGCGCGGCUACAACAAGGACGAGGACGAUGACGAAGAAAACGAGGAUGGGGUCGAGGACGAGGUGGACAUGGAUGCAGAAGAAGAAGGGGGCGACACAGCCGCUAAGACCUGGGACAAAGUCACCGAGGAGGGCAACGAGGUGAGCCCCGAAGACGGGCUCCAGGAUCUGCAGUACUUCCCCAAUUUCUACCGCCUGCUCAGGAGCCUCGACUCAGAUCAAGACACCCAGGAGAGAAAGACAUUGAUCACCAUCAUGAAGACGCUUAUCGACUUUGUGAAGAUGAUGGUGAAGUACGGCACCAUCACGCCAGAGGAGGGCGUGUCCUAUCUGGAAAACCUGGACGCAAUGAUAGCCAUGCAGACCAAGAACAAGCUGGGCAAGGCUCUCGGGCUUCCUGACUUCACCAGACCCAACGGAAAGAAUUUGGAUGAGGAAGACAACACCAAGGCCGAGGCCGCCAAGAUGCAGAAGGAGUAUGAGAACCUGAAAGACUCAACCAAGGAGGAGCAGCCAUCCACUGAGACCAAUCAUCCUGGCAAGUCCGAGAUUUAUCUGGAGGCCAUAAGGAAGAACAUCGAGUGGUUGAAGAAACACGACAAAGAAGAGGGCAAAGAUGAUUAUGACCUGUCUAAACUGAAGGACUUCAUGGACCAGCAGGUUGACUCUUACAUUCAGAAGGGCAUCAUCGCCAAGGAUGAGGGCGACACCAUCAAGAGGAUCUACAGCAGCCUGUAACGCUGACGCCCAUCACCCCGCCCCUCUGGCAACACAGGACUGAAUCUGAUAUUAACAAAAACACUGACUCCUUACAUAUAUUUCGUAUGGCACGGUAAAAUAUGUACUGUGUAUUCAAAACUACCUGCUGAGGGGAACUUGUUAACCCUCCCAGACAUUCCCAAAAUUUAUCAAGAGAAGGGAAUGAAUAAAACUAUCAACACAAACUUUAGUGAUUCUUUAUAGCUGCCCGAUUAUAUUUGCACGCCAAAGAUCGCAGAGUAAUAAUCCCUAGAAUAUUAUUGAGAGAAAUCAGAGUAUUUUAUGUAACCACCUCACAUCUCCAACUAAAAGCCAGCGUUUACUCCAACCUGGGAAAUGAAUGUCUUGAGAGUAUAAUGCCAUAGCUUUGUCUUCAACCUUUUCCAAUAUACCUUUUGCAGCAACAUGCAUAUAUAUCAACGUGUACUCAUUCAAUGUAACCUGAUUUAGAUGAUUAUAUUUACUUUUUCCAGUGUACAUGUACGGUCUUUAUGUGAUCUUGCUUUUUAUUUGACCCAAAAAAAUAUUUGUUGUGCAUCAUGUCAAUGAUCUCUGUAUUUCUGUUAUCUUUUGCUGUAGUUAUUCUCGGGGCCCACUAGGGGCCACCGUUUGUACCAUUAAUGCUCUCUGCGUGUCUCUGACUUCAACAUUUCCAUCUCUAGAGCAUCAAGAUACGUAUUUUUAAAUGUAAAUAUUUGUGAUUUCUUCCUAAAGUUUAAAAGCAAUUAAAACGUUGCCUUUU